UUAGUGUGUAAUGAAACAGAACUAGAAAGAUGUCAUGAAGGCAAUGACUGCUUUAAAAAGCUGGGGUAAACUUCUGAAAUACCUUGAUUAAAACAAGCUACAUGAAAGGCCCUCAAACCACUUCCCUCAUGGUUUUCCUCCGAAUGUCUUUCACGUGAAAUGGGCCUGAGCCACUCUAAGGCUCACCCUAGGGUGACCAAAGUAGCACCUUUGCAAAACAAAGAGGAAGAGACUCCCUUGACUGGCCCUGUGGACAUCACAUUCAAUCAGAACCUGCAAGAACAGAGUUCAUAUUCGUUGGCAAGGCUGCAGGACCCGAAGAAAGCUUUGGAAGGGCAGCUGCCACCUCUACGAGAAACUCGGUAUGGAAGAUAUUUUGCAGCAUCCAGGGCCAUGUAUUUUGACAUCCCACUGGAACAGGGAGAAACAAGUAUUAUUAAAAGGCAUCCACCCCAAAGACUUCAAAAGCUCGAACCCACUGACUUGCCACAAGUAAUUACUUCUGAAAGGCUUCUGAGCCAGCGAGGAGCUGGGACAAUGCGCAAAGCAAAGGAACUGGAAAAGAAAAUGCAAAUGCCAAUGUAUACUUCUGGGAACAGGCAAUAUUUGCAUAAGAUGCAAAUGCUGGAAAUGAACCGUAAAAGGCAAGAGGCCCAAAUGGAGUUGAAGAAAAGUCUUCACCAGGAGGCAAGAAUUAAUAAGCAAAAACUGAGGGACCAUAAAGCCAACAAAAUCCUUCAAAGCAUCCCAAGGAAUAAUGACCAUGACCUUCUAACCAUGUUGCCUGAUGAAACCUUGAAUAGAAGUCCAGGAAAUUCACAGAAUGUAGAAGUUUUAGAACAUCAUUCAAUGCAUGACUACUGUCCUCGGAAAAUUGGCAAAAUGGAAACAUGGCUCCGUGCACAAGAGGCCCAGGGACAGUUUCUUUGGGACAGUUCUAGCUCUGACUCAGAUGAGUUGGGGAAAGAUGAGAAAAAACCACGAGCACUGGUAAGAAGCGUAUUUCCACCAAAGAAAUACAUAAACUGCCCAGCUAGCAUUUUUGAAAAAGUAUGAUCCUUGAGAGGAUGAAUGAAUCCAGCCUAUUCAUGGUGUCCUCACACUUGAUGUUCGAUCCAGAAGGCUUAAAAUAAAGUGGAUGGGCAACUCUAGCCCUGAAGAUAGUGGAGCCAAAAGCACAUCUUCAUCACUUUGUGACUUAAAAUCCAACUUCACAAAACCCCCUUCUAUAAACUUACUGGACUGUGAGCUACAUGAGGCAUGGACUAUGUCUUCUCCCUGUGGCAUCUCCGCUUUCUAGCAUGACAUCUGGCACGGAGUUGAUCAUUAAAUGUUUGCUGAAUUAAUUGA